GCCGAAGCUAUCCAUGAUGCUAUCAUGGCGCGCGCGUUGGCUCGUCGUCGAACGGCGGGAACUUUCCUUGGUGUUCGUUUGAGUUGAGUUCGCGAUAUCCGUUUUGUUUUGUACUGACCUGCAUAUUCCGGACAUUUCAACGUUGACCCCAACAAGUCCGGCGAGUGUUUCCGACCAUGAGGUUGAACUGCGAGACGGAGAUCCACUACCGCCUUGUGAACGGCGGUGGGGGGCCGACGCCGACCCAGUGCAAGCGGCGGGCAGCGUACUCGACGCUUACGCUUACGCGACACCCGGUCAACAAGAGCCCUUUUCUCUACCUGAACACAGUCAAAGACCCUUGCGGAACCAAAUACCGGGUUGAUGGCAACAUCGCCCAAGUGUUCACAAGGUGUGUGUGCGAAGGACGAGCACGUAUCAGCUUCCAUGACCCCAAGCACGAUGUUGUCAUCAAAAAGGCCGACCCUGUUAACCUCCGUGGAUUUUUGACUCUCCUGGGGCGCCUGGUGCGAGGUCAACCCGUCGAGUGCGCCGACCUCUCCCAGCCGCCCACCAAGGUCACCCCCGUCAAGUCGUCGAUGGUGGUCGCCAAAAAGGGCGACUACCCCUCCCGCUUCCCGGACACGCUCAAGACGCUGACAGCCCGGGGUUGCUCGCUGGCCCGCGUCGGCCGCGAGGUCACCUCGCUGGAACGCCUGAGCCACCUCGACCUCGGCGAGAACUGCUUGCGGGAGAUUCCGGCGGCGCUGGGCGACCUUCCCCUCCGCCGGCUUGUGCUCGCCGGCAACGAAAUGAGGGCCUUUCCUGAGAGACUGUUCGAGGGACGAGUUCGAGACACGUUGGAGGAGCUGGACGUCUCGCAGAAUGAGCUCUUUGCGCUCCCGCCGGGGCUGUGUCGUCUGCCGAAGCUGGCAACGCUCUUGGCUCCCGGAAACAACCUCAGACUGCUGCCCGACUCCCUGGGAUCGAUGCAAUCCUUGCGUAAGCUGGAGCUCAGCGACAACGCCUUGCAGUACCUGCCAGGAAGCGUAGUGGAACUGAAGUUGGACUGGCUGUCUUUGUCCGACAAUCCGAUGGACGGACUGGCCCGGGAGUUCCACGUUCCGUCUGAAGUGCCGUCGUUGGUUGCGUUGGCCGGCUGCGUCACUGUGGCGACCGGUGCGCAGCUGACGGCGGAAGACGUCCCGAGGGAGCUGCUGCGUCUGCUGUGGGCGAGCGGACGGUGCCGGGCGUGCCGCGCCCCCGUGUUCCCCGACUCCGCCCCCUGGCUGCGAGCGAGUGUGCCUCUGCGCACCCUGGUACGGCCGUCGGGAGUUCUUGUCCACGUGCUCGGCGACACCUUCCAAAUGCCGCUACGAGUCCUCGCCUGCUCGCGCGCAUGCCUGCGCAAGCAGGAACACGCGCGUGUGUGAAGCUGUUUCAGACAUUUGCGUGCUCGGGCGUUUCAUUUUCCGUAUAUAGAAUUUUGUGGAAUGGUUGUAUAUAAUGUAUUUAUUGUCUUGGGUUUGUAGCGAUUUCAAUGUUGUCGUGGUUGCUUUUGCUGUUUGUGGACAUUUUCGUAUUGCUUUUGUGACACUCAUUCUUUUGUGGUACUUAUGCCGAGUACUAAUUAAUGUUGCAUAUGAAUUUAUAAAUGGAUAACUCGCUGUGCGAGUGACAAUUUCAGAUUGUACAAGGAUAAUGUAGUAGGUCGCUUAGCGUUCCUUUUUAUUUUUCUUAGAAGGUUGCAUGUUAUUGUUAUUUUGAACUGUUAGAACUCGCAGAUAGGCAUGCAUAUGCUUUUUAAAAUUUAUUAUUUAGAGUACUCCGUGUGUGUUUUGCCCCCUGGUACUGGACCUUUGUCUGCCGUUUUUAUUUGCCUUUUGUUCCUGCCAUUACCAAAUGGCUAAUAACUACUACAUGAGACAGAAUACAAUGUAUAUAGAGAAACUUGUAAUAAACUUAUCCUUAUACCCCAUUUUAUUUUGCGAUGGACCGCAACUGAUGCUAAGAGCCAUCAGAGCCAAUUCAAUUCCGUGCAAGUAUGGCAUAAGUUAGAAUUUUGUGGCUACAAAAUAUAAUAUCGCACAAGGGCUGGUGUGCUUUGCUGUGGGAUACUGUGUCGUAGAAGUUCUGGCAAACGAAAGACGAGCGAAUGCCGUGGUUGCCGUCAUUAUGGCGCCCCAAUGGGCAAUGUGCAAAAUAGAAGCGCCCCUAGUGGUUCAAGUGCACUCCGGGUGCAAUGCACGCAGUGAGCUAUAGCACGGCGUUCGGCGUACGUCGAUCUGAGUUCACUUGACUUCGCCAUUGCGGCGUUUUCGCUUGCGCUAUGUGCCAACAAGAUUAUAAUUGUUUCAUUAUUCACUGUGUCUGGUAUGUAGGGAUGAGCAGAAAAUGGUAUUUAGUCCAUCAUGCACAGGUGUAAAGCAAUCUACGACGAUGUAAGCAAUGGCGGUGCGGAGACGAUAGCAGACUGAUCCGGUGGAUUUGAAACUACUCGUUGACAGUCUCCUGCUCCCAGAGUGCACCUGAACCGCCAGAGGCAUUGCUAUUUUGCAUAUUGCCCUUUCCCGGCUGCUUAUACUUAAGAUUUAGAGCUUUUGGAUCUAGGUACAAAAUUUCAUACUCUCACAGUGUCAGGGGUUUCUCAGUUUCUAAAAUAACUGAAGGUGAAAGAAAUGAUAGUUGUGUCUCCAUUAAGAAUAAACACGCACACUGCUGAAAAUUUAUUUGUUCAGUCUGCUUGAACUCCUAUAAUUUUCUGUAUAAGAAACUACAUAACCUUAAAAAUGCAGGCCGUUUACCCUUGUUGGUGUUAGACUGGUGGCAGCUGAUAAAACCAGUUGGCUCUACUGACAUCUAACUCCUGAUUAGCUCAGUUUGUAGAGCGCCCCACUGGAAAUAGAGAGGUCCCAGGUUCGAUACCAGGACCAGGCGAAUUUUUUCGGUCGCGCACUGUCGCCUAGCUGUGUUUGGAGAUUUCUGUUUGUCCUUUGUCCCCCUUGUUCCCCUCCUACAGGGAUUAUUUUCAACAUUCUUGUCCAGUUGCAAAAUCGCAUUACAAUCAUACAUUUGUACCACUACAAAAUAAAACAAACGAAAAA